UUUUUAGUCUAAUAUCACUUUACAUCAACAUCAUUGAUUAUUUCCCUUUGCUUGUGGAGUUCCAAAACUUAAGAAAAUGAAACUCAUUAGCAUUUCCUUUUUGUCCAAGCUUUUGAUACUUCAAUAUCUAUUCUUUCAAUGCCUUUCUUCUUCUAAGGAACAAUUUGAUUUCUUCUACUUUGUUCAACAGUGGCCAGGAGCAUACUGUGACACAAAGCAGAGUUGCUGUUAUCCGAAAACCGGAAAACCUUCAGCAGAUUUCAGCAUUCAUGGACUUUGGCCUAAUUACAAUGAUGGAUCAUGGCCCUCAAACUGUAAUCUUGACAGUGUCUUUGAUAAAUCUCAGAUCUCAGACCUCAUUUCGAACAUGGAAAAGAAUUGGCCAUCUCUGAGCUGUCCAAGUAGCAAUGGUUUUAGAUUCUGGUCACAUGAAUGGGAGAAACAUGGUACAUGUGCAGAAUCUGAGCUUGAUCAACAUGAUUACUUUCAAACAGCUCUCAAUUUGAAGGAAAAAGCAAACCUCCUUCAAAUCCUCAAGAAUGCAGGGAUUGAACCAGAUGAUGAAUUUUACAGCAUAGAGAAUUUUUCAGAGGCUAUAAAAGAAGGAACAGGAUUUACACCAGGAAUAGAGUGUAAUAAAGAUUCAGCACGUAACAGCCAGCUUUAUCAAGUUUACAUAUGUGUUGACACUUCUGGCUCAAAUUUCAUUGAGUGUCCUGUGCUUCCAAGGAGUAGAUGUGAUGACCAAAUACAAUUCCCCAAGUUUUAAUUAAGAGAAUUUAUUUUGUUGUUAAGCAUAACAUGCUUUAACUUUGUAUUUUGAUUUUCUAGUCACCAUUCACCAUUGUACUUCUAAAUUACUAUCAUAUCAGGGAUAGAGAAUGUAUUUCAAUAAAGUCUUGUGAAAAUGAGAAAAUUAUUUCUCUGUUUUAUUUUUCAAA